AUGCGCUUUCAAGUAAUUGCUGGCUUGGCCAGUAUUGCUAUCUUGCAACCAGGCGCCUCCGCCAUCGGCACUGGGCCUCUCGUAACCCACGACGAUGCAAACCACCUGCACAACCCGACACAUCGACGACUGCCCUUCCUCUCCUGGGUCCGCGACGUUGCGGUCGAACUCUUCUUUGGUCCAUAUCCUUCCAAGACCGAAAUACGCCAUGGCGUCCCGACCCCGAAGCGCUAUACGGACGAAGUUGUGCUACGCUUCAACCUAACCGCGCCUGAGGAAGAAGCUGCCAUGGCUCAGUCAGCCUCCACCUUGUUUCUCGACAUUUGGGCAUUCACGGAGGAUUUUGUCGAUAUCAGGCUACGCAAAGACAGAAUUGGGACUCUGCUUGGUGUACUACCUAAAUCCCUACGCGAUUCCUACUUGGUGCUCAUACCCGAUGUCUCUGCGGCGAUUCACGGGUCACGCCCCUCCACACCAGUGGUACAACACCAUGAAUACAUGCCCUGGGACGAGGGGUCUGGUCUUCUGCGCCCUCAGGCUGACAGCGAUACCGUCUUCUUCCGUGACUAUCGACCCCUCUCUGUCAUUGUGCCUUGGAUGCGACUCCUCGAGGCUAUGUUCCCUGCGAUCGCAAGAAUGGUCAACGUCGGUCUGUCAUACGAGGGGCGCGAUAUUCCGGCUCUCAAGGUCGGGGUUUACAAGCCCGGCGAACCAGCACCAAAGAGGAAGACACUGCUCGUCACAGGUGGCAUGCACGCGCGGGAAUGGAUUUCAACGACCACCGUCAACUAUGUGGCCUGGUCAUUUGUGACCAGCUAUGGACGUGAUCCCAUGAUCACUAAGUUGCUCGAGCAUUUUGAUGUCGUCUUCGUUCCAGUCCUGAACCCUGAUGGCGUGGAAUACAGCUGGCAGGUAGAUCGUCUGUGGCGCAAGACUAGACAGGGAACCGAUGUGUCGUUUUGCCAGGGCCUUGACUUGGAUCGCGCAUUCGGCUUCGAGUGGGACGGUGCUGGAUCCAACGGUGAGCCUUGCUCCGAAAGCUAUGGAGGCGCGAAACCCUGGGAGGCCGCGGAGGCGGUAGCGCUGGCGAAUUGGGCGCGCAAUGAGACGACCAACAACAACGUCGAAUUUGUGGGUUUGAUUGACCUGCAUUCGUAUUCACAGCAGGUCAUGUAUCCUUUCUCUUACACCUGCGAUACCGAUCCUCCCAACCUUGAGAACCUUGAGGAGCUGGCUGUCGGGCUUGCCAAGGCCAUUCGGCUAUCGAGCGGCGAGGCCUACUCGGUCACGUCGGCAUGUGAAGGGGUUGUGGCAGGCGGAGGCGACAUGGGCCGCUCGUCCCGCGUCGAGGUGGGCGGGGGCUCGGCCAUCGAUUGGUUUUAUCAUGAGAUGCGCGCACACUUCAGCUAUCAGAUCAAGCUGAGAGACAUGGGGAGCUACGGUUUUCUACUCCCGAAAGAGAAUAUCGUGCCUACGGGCGAGGAGAUGUUCAACGCUAUGAAGUACCUUGGAGACUACUUGCUUGGCAACAACGGGAUCGAGCGUUCGAACCAGCAACACUCAAUGACGCCGCCGGCAGGUGGGGUUUUCAGCAACCCAGAACUUCGCCGGGUGAAGCGCCGGUGA